UGUACGUUUUUAAUGACGUAGCGAAAAAUAAGGCAAAUCUCUGAGAAGGAUCAGCGGCUGGAUGUGCUUGGCUUUUAAACAAAGAAGGAAUGGGUAAAUUAAACUGUGAAAGUAUGCCACGCUUUGUACAGGCCAUUUUGUUGUUGUUUUCCUGUGUGUUUGGACUCUCCCUUGGCACGGAACUGAGCUUUGUGACCUGCGGAUCAGUCAUUAAACUGUUGAAUUUAAAGCACAACGUGAGACUACACUCGCACGACGUACGCUACGGGUCCGGUAGUGGACAGCAGUCUGUAACAGGGGUUUCUGCAGUAGAAGACAGCAACAGCUAUUGGAGUGUUCGCGGGACCAGUGAUGCCUUGUGCCACAGAGGUACCCCAGUUAAGUGUGGGCAGACGAUUCGCCUCACUCAUGUCAACACAGGACGUAACCUGCAUAGCCACUACUUCGCCUCCCCGCUGUCAUCUAACCAGGAGGUGAGCGCAUUUGGCGAAAACGGAGAAGGAGACCACCUCGAUGAGUGGACGGUUCAGUGCGGGGGAUCCGUAUGGAAGCGGGAGGAGGCCAUCCGCUUCCGUCACAGGGCCACUGAUGCACUGCUGUCUGUGACGGGGGAGCAGUAUGGACGACCGAUCCACGGUCAGACAGAAGUUCAUGCUAUGUCAAGCCCCAGCCAGCACAGUCUGUGGAAAGCCAUGGAGGGUAUCUUCAUGAAGCCCAGUGAGAGCCCAGGAGGCAGUCGAGACUACAGUCACCCACACACAGAGUUCUAAACUUCACUUUUCUUUCUCUGCUUCUGUCUUUUUCUAUUUUCCUCUCUACCUAUUUCUGUCUCUAAUUAUAUCUGUUCCAGCAGUCCCUUUCCUUCACCAGAACAUACUUUGGAAACAAUGCAAGAAACUCAUAGAUCCAGCAGCUAAGCAGCUACACUCAGACUUAAUCUGUGAAUGGCACUAUAAUUUGACUUAAAAGGUACAAGAAGACAUUGAGUAUUAAACGUACUGUUUUAUUGUAUGCCAACACUAAUGUUUUUUUUUCUUUUGCAUUUUGUAACAAGUAUGUCAAACAAGAAGUUGUCCUGUUAGCUUUAAUUUAUUGUUAAACUAUAACACAGAAGACACUGCAGGUUUUCCACAUAAAAAAAAUAAAUAAACGUCGUCCUGUGUUUAGUUGAUCUAAAAAGACACUGUUACAGUUGUGCCUUUAUGCUAAAAACAUUGUAAUUGUUUACAUAGUGGAGUCUUUAUUGUAUUUUAUGGUAUCUUAUACCAUGUUUUACACAAGUGACAGCGAAGCAGUAUUAAUACAGAAAAUGAUUCCCCCCCUUUAAGUCAGUGUUGCAUAUGAUUUACCCCACACUGAUAACGCAUAAGAAAAUAAACAGUUUUUUCUGUGGAUAUUUGUUAAUGUUAACGGGGACCUAUACUCCAUAUUUUUCGGGAUUUAAAGUUCAAUAUAAUCUUUAUCUUUAUUUAUUCUGUCCUCUUCCUUGGUGCAGACCCUCACUUCUCAGACAGUAUCUCCCUUACCCCUCCCUUCGAGCCAGCUUUCUUCUGAUUGGCUACCUCUUACAAACAGUAGGUCUGCACAACAAGUGGGCAGGGAUCUGUGCUUAUUGUCUGGACUGUAUGUCUGUAUAAACAUGUAAAGGAAAAAAUCUGUUAAAUAGACUGUAAUUUUGACCACAUUUAAUAUGAGCAGAACCCACCAUCAUAUGUGAAUGACAGAAAGUUUGGAGAAAAUAGGUCCCCUUUAAUGCACUGAAUGCUGUUUAUUAUCUUUGUUUGCUCAGAAGUGUAGAGGGAAAGUAGUGUUUGACAUUCAUGCUGCCUGUGCAUUUAUAUGUGCUCCAGAGGUUCAAAAGAAAAAUGAAUCUGCAGUGAAUACCUCAUAUUAAAGAGUUUUUUUUAAUGCAAA